AUGCCGCACGCCCAUGCCGAUGUGGUGGACGAGAUCGAACAGAUGGCGUUGGGUAACUAUGGCGGUCUGCCACACUGGGGCAAGAACCGCAACUUUGCCUUCGACGGUGCCAUCGCAAGGUACCCCAAAGCUGAUAAGUUCUUUAAGGUAAAGAGCAGUUACAACACCGACGGGCUCUUCUCCAGUGAGUGGACCGACCAGGUGCUUGGUAUCAACGGAAGUCCCAACAUCAUCGAGAAUCGUUGUGCCAUUGAAGGACUCUGCAUCUGCUCCGACGACUCACACUGCGCACCGGAGCAGGGCUACUUCUGCCGGCUAGGGAAGGUUUACAAGAAGGCUAGAGUUUGCUCCUCCGAGGAGGAUUAUUAG